AUGUUGUUCUAUGCAUGGUUCAGUUACAGCCCCAUAUACGCCUAUGGACAGUCAAAGCUGGCCAACAUACUGCACGCUAACGAGCUAUCAAGGCAAUUUAAGGUAGAAAAGGUGGAGUUGACUGCAAACUCACUGCAUCCUGGUGGCAUUGCAACCAGUCUUCUACGUCAUCACAGCUUUCUUGAGGGUGUCGUUGAUUGGGUCGGGAAAUACUUCCUGAAAACUAUCCCACAGGGGGCAGCAACUACAUGCUAUGUGGCAUUACACCCGCAAGUCAAAGGGGUUAGUGGCGAGUAUUUUGUAGACAGUAACAAAGCAAAGCCGAGUUCUCUUGCGAAAGAUUCAGAAUUCGCCAAGAAACUCUGGGAUUUUAGCCUGGGCAUGGUGGCUCCAUAAUCAUACUAGUUCACUUCAUGUGUAUAUUUUCAACAAAAUUGAUUGCUUUAUUGUAUAAAACAGACAGUAGACAACCAAAGAUCAUUAAGACCAAAAAAAAAAACACAUUCUCAUUGAUAAAGCUUUUGAUGUGCACAUAAGAUGGUUAUGUAACUAUUUUUCAUAUCCUAACUCUAGUUUAAACCACGGAUGCACAAACUUUUCAACAAAAUCUAAGACUCUAUCACCUACCCUUCCUUCUUCUUCCUGUACGGCAGUAAAAGUAAAACCCCUGAAAACAAGCCCAUGAAUCCCUUCUCUUUCUCAUAGUAUGAGGUGUACACUUCUUUACAUAUCCACCACGAACCACUGUUAAAUGCUGGAGUUUCAGAAGCUAUCCAUCUGCAUCCCUCCUUCCAUUUCAGCUUCCAAAAGGGAUU